GUAGUGGUUUGCUCUCGCGCUAGUGGUCGUGUGGGAAAACUCGCUGAAGCGGGAAAACUCAUCCACCUCAAGCGGCUGAACCAGAAAGGACGACAGCAGAUUUCAGUUUUGUGUUGACGAUUGGCGCGUGUAGAACGACCACCGUGCUAGCAAACAAACCUGUGGCUCGUUCGUGGACAGCCUUUUAGAGAUUUAUCAUUUGUUGUGCAAAGUGGAAAGACGGGGAAGAAAAGGAAGAAAUUAAAUUCAGAAAUACAGUGUUAAACAACAAAGUGUUUUAAUAAUGGCCACUUGCUCGUUCUCCAUAGGCAAAUGAGCUACUGUUAACCUAUCAUCUCCCUGAUAAACUGCAAACUAAAACAAGUAAACAAACGUGUGAACGCACAUGCACUACAGGUGGUUUGUUCAAUAGGAGGAAAAAACCCGGUUCGAGUAGUUUUUUAUGUCAAUUUUUCAUCACUUUCCUUCACAUAGCCCGUGAAUGAAUGUUGGGGCGGUCUGCGUUGAUCAGUCGAUAGUUUACCAAAGCCUGCUUUAUGAAGCCGUGUCAUCGGAAGCAGUUCGUUUGGUUCGGUAGCUAGACUAAACAAAGUGACGUCGGUAGUCUCCCCUUCAUCCGAGAGUCAAUUUUGGAGAAAAACUCCGCCGCCAUUAUGUGUGUACAUAGCUUCACUGGACGAUUGGUGUGAAGAAUGCUUGCAAGUGUCUGAAAAGCGUGCUAUCGUCACUUGCUGUUGUUGUUGUUAACGCAGUGAGAAGUGAAACUGUGAGCGAGGUGAGAGAUAUGAAGGAAGAGCAAAACGACUAGAAGAGAAAAAAGAGAGUGCCGUAAAGUGUGCUUGAGUGAAGGAAAAUCGACCGACAUUGUGGAAAACGCGCGUAGCGAAGGGAUAAAGCUGGAAAACAAACGUAAAAAUGUAACUUUUACGCGAGUGUGAUUGCUGCGGUACGGAAUUCGGUUUGUUUUUGAUUAGCUUUGUUUUAGUUUUCGGUUCGUGCUCCAUUUCGUACUUCCAGUGGAUAGUUCUGUUCUAUGGUCAGUGGCAUAGGGUGCGAUAGUUCGACAUGGCAUUGAAGAUGUAAGCUUUGCUGGAAGAGCACAAAGACCGUUUGAAAGGGAUAUUAGUGAAAGUAUGUAAACUAUUGUGCGAUAUCGCUUCGUGUGACAAAAAGGCAACAAAACAGAAAAGAUUGUUAAGGGGCUUCCAAAAUUGGUACAGAAAGCAAGCGAUGGGACAGUGAAAAUCCUGCAGACAACGUUUGUACAAGACAAAACUGGCGGUCACAUUUUAAAGGAUAACAUUUUUACUUAGAUGAGAAAUAAAGUACCGACCGGCGCCAUCAUGAAGCUAUCCGAGAGCAAAUCCGACACCUCCAUCAUUGCCAAUCUGUAUAAGUCGAUCAACCACAGCUACCGGCGGUUAUCGAACACGAGCAACGUGCUCCAUCGCAUUCCGGAAAUGGAGAUACCCAACAUGGCGAUCGCCGAUGAGUACGACAUCGAGAAAAUGAUCGCCGAGGGCUGCUUCGCCAAGAUCUACCUGGCGCACCAUCGGCCAACCGGCACGACAGUGGUGCUGAAAGCGAUCCACACCGAGCUCACCAGCCUGAAGGAAUUUGUGCGCGAGUUCCACUACAACUAUCAGCUCAGCCAUCACCCGAACAUCCUCAGCUGCUACCAGGUGAAGUUCCAAACGAAGGAGUACUACGUGUACGCACAGGAGCACGCACCGUUCGGUGAUUUGGCGGCAAACGUGGGGGCCAGUGGACUGCCCGAAAGCAGCUGCAAAAAGAUCGCCGAGCAGCUUAGCUCAGCGCUCGGUUUCAUGCACCUGAAGGGGCUGGUGCACCGUGAUUUGAAGCUAGAGAACGUGCUCGUGUUUACGCCCGACUUUUCGCGCAUCAAGCUGUGCGACUUCGGGACGACGACGCGCGAAGGGGUGCUGGUGAGCAAGAACAACAAAACCUGGACCGCCUUUCUGCCGCCCGAAGUGCUGGAGGUGGUGAAGAACGAGCGGUUUAUCUGCAAGGCAUCGUCCGAUUCGUGGCAGUUCGGGAUCGUGCUGUACGUGUGUUUGACCGGUGCGACACCGUGGAAGUCGGCGGACUGGGUGCGCGACGCAAAGUAUGCCGCGUUCAUGAAGUAUCAAAAGCGCGAGACGACCAAAAUUCCGGACAACUUUAGACGGUUUACGCCCCGUUUGCUUCGUGCCUUCCGACGCAUCUUCGACCACCGGGACGAGGAUCGGGCGAAAGUGACGGACAUCAUGAAGUACAUGAAGAACCGCUGGAUGGACGGCAAGAUUGCGGUGUCGAAGUCGGCUUCCAACAUUGCCAGCGUGGGCCAGCAGUACCAACAGCAGCACCAUCAGCACACCAACUCCGAUCAGGACUCGGUGAAGUACAUCAACCAUCGCGAAAGCCGCAACUCGUUCGAUGAGCUUCGGGCACGGCGCAUGACCAGCGUUGGAGCACUGACGCCGGACUCGGUGCCGGGCUCGAUGAACCUGGCCGGCCCCGAUCACCAGGAUGCGAUCAAAAGCAAGGUGUGGGACUGGUUGGAGUCGAACGAUCUGAAUGCCAGUGGUAGUGCAGAUGAUCUUACAUUCUGGAGCACCAAGGAUACGAAAACGUUGCAGCUGCAGCACCACCAACACCAGCAACAACAGCAGCGGCGCCAGAGCGUAGGAGGCCAUCAGCUGCAGCAGCAUCAGCAGGAUCUGAUCAGCUUCAGCGAAACGCACAGCACCAUGACCUCCACGAGCAUCGUCCGCGAAACGAGGACCAUCACCAGCAGUGGUGCAAAAAUGUUCAAAUGAAAACCCCUCUAACCUCAAAUUCCACCUAGUGUGAAUGCGUGAACCGACAGUACACAAGUGAGAACAAUACUCCUCAGAAACUCUUCUUACCCAAUACACAUCAAAUCGGAGCACCGAACGUGGCCUGGCGUUCCAGCGCAGCGUUCGUUUUUUUUUUUCGGUAGAGUAACUAGCUAGUACAUGUGAUUAUAUUAAUUAUGUGUGUGAUAAUUGCCAAAUGUGAAAAGAAUACCUGUAGUGUGUAAUGUCAGUCGAGCUCCCGAUGCCCACAGGGUUUCACCGAACGCCCAUCAGGUUACGUAAUUUGUGGUAAAGUUGUGACUCCAUUUCGUAGAAAAACAUUUAUGCGUGGCCCUUUGAAAAUUGAAAUCCAAUAGGAAACUUCAAAGGUUUUCGGAGCGAGUCGAUGGAGUUGUACGGUUUAGGGCAAACAACAUGGUACCGAUUUUGUAAAUGUGUGCACAAGAAUUGAUAGUCUCGAGAGAUAGAGAAAGAGAUAGAGGGAGAGAGAGAGAAAUAUAUAUAUGUGAGACGCGUUUAAAACAGAGAAACAAACAGGGAGAAGUUAGCCAUUAAAUGUGUUAUCUUUAGUGAACGUGAUACAGUAUAAACGAGGGUAUUUAUACAUAUAUACACAUAUUCAGAUAUACUGAGCUGUGUAUACAUACAUAUUUAUGAUACUACUUUUAGAACCAACCAACAAAACACGGGAGUUCGUAGCCGAUCGAGAAGGGGAAACCAAACUGCUCACAGGAGUAUUAAUUGCUUUCCAAGUAAGUGUUACCUUGUUUGUACUUCGUAGAGUGUUGUAGCGAAACUAGUGUUUACGAGAAGAAAAAAGAAAGAAGAAACCCAUAGAAUGUACUCAAAACUAACCGAAGCGAAUGCAAACCGCAAAGCAUAGCGAAGCGCAUGCAAUGAAAUAUAAGCUAAGCAUAUAUAUAUAUAUAUAUAUAUAU